GAAUAUAAAUAACUCUUAUUUUAUAUCACAAAAUUGUCACGUCAUCUACGCACCGCCACGAAUCGCUCUCAACAAUCCCCAUAUCAUGUCGCACAUCAUGGAGCUGCUGAAGUCCUUGUUGACCAUGGACUACCUCGGCGAUAGUGCCGGUCUUACCUCGGAGCAAACGGACAAGGUGCUACAGUUUCAAGACCUUACCGGUGUCGAGGACAUUUCUAUUUGCCGCGACGUCCUGCAGCGUCACCAAUGGAGUCUCGAGGUCGCCGUCCAGGAGCAGCUCAACAUCAAAGAGGGUCGCCCAUCGGUAUACGCUAGUGAGGCGCGCCCGCCGGCCGUCAUCAGCGACCACCUCGCCCAGCACGUGUUCUACUCCCCGCCCUCCGACGGCAGUGCCAGCGGUUUCAAAGGCUUCCUCCGCAACGUCAUACGUGUCUUUUUUAGCCUCUGUUACAAUAGUCUCCUAUCAUUAUUUAGUACUGUAUUUAGAAUAUUUGGUGCUACCGAAAGAGCCCCACUAACAAAUCCAUUACAAGAUGUAAUGACCUUCAUACAGUCGUACGACGAGAAGUACACAUCGCAGCAUCCGGUCUUUUACCAGGGCACCUACUCGCAGGUGCUCAACGAUGCGAAGCGCGAGCUCAAGUUCCUGCUCAUCUACCUGCACAACGAGGAUGCUGUCGACACCGCGCGAUUUUGUCGCACCACCCUGGCGAACACAGCGGUGAUCAACUAUGUCAAUCAGCAUUUCUUCUUUUGGGGUUGCUCGACGCGUUCGGGCGAGGGAUACAAGGUGUUGCAGCUGUACCGCCCGACCUACUAUCCGUACCUGAGCGUGGUCGUCCUUAAGGAAGGUCGAAUGACAAUUGUUGCACGCAUGGAGGGCUACUGUGCCGCAGAAAUGCUCCAUCAGCGACUUGCGACGAUAGUGCAUGACUUUGAAGCAAAUCUGGUAACGGCGCGAGCGGACCGCAUGGAGCAGAGCCUCAAUCGGUCAUUGCGCGCUCAUCAAGACGAAGCCUAUAUGGAGUCAUUGCGCGCCGAUCAGGAGAAAGAGCGGCGUCGUGAAGAGGAGCGACGCGUUGCCGCCGAGAUACUGCGACGAGAGGAGGAGGAACGUCUUGCGGAACAAGAGCGGAAGAUGAGCAUUGCGCGGGAGAAAAUUGAAUUGGUGACGAAGGUGCCGAAGGAGCCGAAUCUCGAUCAUCCCGAUGCCGUGCAUGUCGUCAUUAAACUGCCGUGCGGGACGCGGCUCGAACGACGGUUUCUAAAAACACAUUCCUUAGAGGCGAUCUUCUACUUUGUGUUCUGUCAUCCAUCGGCUCCGGACGCUUUCGAGAUAACGCGCAAUUUCCCGAAACGGGUAUUGAAAUGCCGAGCAACAUCUUCAAAUUGCAGCAUACAGACGAUUGAUGAAGCCGGUUUGUCGAAUCGCGAGGUACUAUUCGUCAACGAUCUCGACGCGUAGCGAGCAGCCACGGGGUGGGCUGUUGUAUAAAUGAGGUGCGUAAUAAACGACAUGAAAAUUAGGCAAACGAGCAUUUCAACAUAUUCUCUUUUAUAACGUGUUUUUUUUUUUGGUUAAAUUAACGAACGGUCAAUAAUUGGUAAUUUCUAUGGCACAAGUGCAGCAUCUUUGGUUAUGUUAUAGGAUUUUCUUUCUUUUUUUUUGUACUGUUACUGAUAAUUACUAAUCGUGUCUUAAUCUUCAUAUUUCGAUUAUGAAACUACUAGAUGUAUUUCACUUUAUCACCCACUAGAGGUUUAAUGAGAAUUACUUUGCAUAUUACAUAGAUAUAUUUAUAACAGUUUAUACUUGGUUUACUUGACUUGGUUACACUUUGUUGUAUUUUUCUCUGGUGUCGGCGCAAGUUUUGUACCGCGAUGGAAAUAUCGAAUUAGUGUGCGCGUAGGCGACACAGUUGUAUCAAAGCAUAUAGGUUGUUUUACUGCCUAAAUAAUUAUCUAAAUAAAAUUCGAGUUGCAUUUACAUUUUUUACAUUUUACACAAACACGGUGGUUAUUUCUAGGUGGUAACGCAAACUCGUGGCUAAAUAUAAAGCAGACCAAAGAACAAUAACCUUUUCAAGUUUUCUUUUUCUUUUUUUUUGUUCCUUUGUAUCAAAGUACCGAAAUAGAAUUGUUGUUAAUAAGAGUAUGACAUAAAUGUUAAAUCUGCUGCGAAGUAUAAAUACCUACGUUUUUGUUGUUUCUUGCAUUGUGAAGCGUAUUUUCAUUAGAAAAUAAACUUUUAUCUUCGAUAAA